AGGUCAAUUGAUGAGCCCAUCUUAAACCUUCUGUAGGAGAUUCAUCACCCUCGUCUUCAUUCUCUGCAAUCUAGGGUUUCAGAUUGAAGUUUAUUCAGCACCAAUUUUAAGUAGGCGAGCUUUCUCUCUCUAGCGUUAUGAAGAAAAUUGCAGACGCAAAAGAUGCGCGUGAGAUGGACACAAAUAAGAAAAGCAAAGGCUCAAAUUCGAAGAAGAAUGUGAAGAAGAAUAUGCAAAGAUUAGGAGGAAGAGGAGGCUUAUCACUGGAAGCAUUUGCCAAUGCCAAAACCAAGAGCAAUAAUUACAACCCUGCCAUCAUAAAGAAGCAAAGGGAGUUCUAUAAGAACGCCAAAUAUGUGAGUAAAUAUAAGAGGAUAGUUAAGCAACAAGGAGAGCCUUCUGAGGGUGCAAGACAACUAGAGGAUGCUGAAGAGAUUGAAAAAACUGAUAAGGUGGAUAGCAAAAAUAAGAAGAACCAGAAAUAUAGUGCUCGAAGCCUGAGAGAACUAUAUGAGAGGAAACGGGAGGAGGAAGAGAAGGCAAGGACGGAGAGAGAGGCCACUAUUCUAGCAAAAAAAGAAGAAAGACAGAGAGCUGAAUCUCGAAGGAAAAGGCUAAGGGAGAAAAUGUUCAAGAAAACUAAGUCUGGCCAACCUGUCAUGAAGUACAGAAUAGAACAUAUUCUGGAAACACUUCAAGGAUCAAAAGGUUAGGCUACCCCUCAACCCUCCCCCCAACCCAAACCCACCCAAAAGGAGAUUUUUGGAGAAAACAGAGGUUAGGUUGUAGCAUUAUUCUUAUGAACUUAUGUUGGGUUUUCUGGAUAUUUUAUAUACAUAUGACACACUGGAGGAUGUAAAAGUAGCUGUGAUGAAUUAUUAUGUAAGCAGUGCUAUGGAAGUACGCAAUGUAGCAAAAUUCAGUAGUUUUGUGAGCAGGGCAGCUGGUUAUGAAUGUAAAAGUUUUUGUUUAAGUUUUGGUAUCAAAGAAAAGAAAAAUAUUACGCGUGUA